AUGUCAAACCCUGAAAACACUAAGCCCACAGAAAAUAAAGUUCAACCUGACAAACCAUAUACUCAUGUCCCAACACCUGAUAGAGCUGAUCUAAGACAGACGCUCCACUCAAACUCCACUAUCGAAGAUGAAGAUACGUCCUCCAUCGGUGAUAAUGUUAAACUGAUUGUGCAAGAAUUGGUAAAACCCAGUAGAGCAGAUGUGACUUUAAAGAAACCAGUUACCAUAAACUAA